CAUACAUAGUUAAGCAAGGACACCGAACAAGAAGACCAGAUGAGAAUGCUGCCGACAACAAUGAACCGUUGCCGAAAUUGGUUCUGUGCGCGCAAUAAUAAUAACGACUAUGCUGAGGUUUCAAUUAAUGACGCAACUGCUUCCACACAUCAUGCUGUUGCAACACCAGAUUUCAUUAAAGAUCACCAACCAUCUACAGCGACUACCGCAACAACGGCUACUACAGCCACUACUGGUACGGGAGCUGGAACAGGCAUUAUUGGCGGUGGCGGUAAUGCACAUGUCGUCACUUUUCUCGAUGAUGUGCCGAGCGGCAAUAACGGCAUAGUUAGCACAACAAGUCGCAUAAUAACCAAUUCGGAAUUAAACGCUCAAGCAAUGGAUAACAAUUCGGAUGCUAUUGAGCCGAUGGACGAUUUUGCAUGUACUUCCGGUUCAUUGCUGUGUGAUGAAAAUGCGCCAUCAUCGAAAAAUUGCUAUCGUCUGGUAAUGUUAGGCUCCUCACGUGUCGGCAAAUCAUCCAUUGUGGCCAGAUUUUUAGGCAAUCGGUAUGAAGAGGCAUACACACCCACCAUUGAGGAUUUUCACCGAAAAUUGUAUCGCAUACGUAAUGAAGUGUAUCAAUUGGAUAUAUUGGAUACAUCCGGUUAUCAUCCGUUUCCGGCUAUGCGACGUUUAUCAUUUAUGACUG